AUGCUCAAGUUCACCUGGCCGCUCGGCCAGCACCUUGACGCCUACGCCGCGCAUGAGGCCGACGCGGCGCCGUUUGAGAUGCAGGAGAGGGUGCAGAUGGUGGCAAUGAUUGAGGGCAUGUGGAUGUCGGUGGUGGAGAGGUUUGCGUUUUACGGAUUGGUGGGGGAGGAAGUGAGGGGUGAGGAUGUGGUGUAUUGGGCGGAGGUGAGGGCGUUUUAUGGGGAGUUGGGGAAGAGGGUGGGGGAGGUUGUGAAUGGGGAGUAG